GGUACAGUGUCUCUGGCUUUGUUCCGAACUCUCAUUGGUCUGUUCUGUGAAGACGUCAUGCUUCAGCUCAUACUCAGGUAUCUGAUCCCGUGUACACACCUGUGUGUGAGAGAACGCCGCUCUCUGAAGGACAGAGAUGCCUACUCUUCAUCAGCUGUUAAAUUCCUCUUCCUCACUCCCUCCUGGUGCCCCCUGCGCCUCGGAGCCGUACACACUCACACCCAACACAUCCACUGGGCCAUGGGGAAUGACGUUCCCAUGUCAGAGGGUGACAGUGUUGGUUACUCCAGGAUCUGCAGGACAGACCUCCUGAUGAAUGUCAACUAUCUCCAGUACCUCUGGGAUGCUAGAGUUGGGAUCGCUGCAUCGCUCCAGGCCUGUCUGGUCUGGUCUGGUCCCUAUGACGGGGAAAAGCCUGCAGCUCGAGAGGAGGAAGACGGGGAAGAGAGAGAGCAAGAGAUAGAGGAGAAGACGGAUCAAACCUUUAACUGGACUUCAUCUCCCAGCCCUCCCCUCACCUCCCCCCCUGUAACCAUGGGAAACCAACAUAGAGGGGGAGACGGAGGGAGGGGGAGUGUGGUUGAGUUGGAGUGGGAUGAUAGUUAUGAGUGGGAUGAUAGUGCCCUCCCCUCCUCCUCCCUCCCCCUUACCCCCCCAGUACAUAUUGAAACCCCUCAGCAUAUUCAGGAGAUGAGACGUUCGGCCAUAAUGUUGAUCCAAGGCUCCUACGUAGAGGAGUCAGACUUUCAGGACGAUGUGUUGGUCUAUAACCUCAUAGCACAGAAAGACGAGGUGGAAUACAAACCUGACCGCAGGACUCCACAGACCAGGAAACCAGUUGUUACCUCGCUCGUUUACAGACAUGGAACGCAUAGACGAGAGGAAGAGGGGGUG